AGCCCUGAUUGACGAUUUGCAAGGGGCCGCCUAAAAACAACAAAAAAAAGUAUGGAUUUAUUCCCCUCUAUUCCAUUGGAAGAUACUUUUUAUGAAAUUAUUUUUCGAGGAGAGAGUUACGAAGGAUUUCAAACUUUCAAAUUGUCGCAUAAUUGUCGUAGAAAUAUGUUCAAACAGUUUAAAUUACUGGAUAACGAAACGGUACGCCUGUUCCGGUGACCUAGAUUCUAUUUCAAUGGUAAUGUUGUGUCGUAAUGAUACGCUAUCGUUGUAUAGUCCAAUUUAUUGAACGGGAUGGAAUUAUGGGAAAAACAUAAAACAUGGAUUUCGGACAAACGAACGUAAGAAAAUAAACAUUUUUGUCGACGAAUUGUACAACAUGGUUUCUAGGAAUUGAAAACCCCCAAAAUGCGUCAUUUUUUAACUAAGUUCUAUAAGCCAAAUCUAUGAAGCCAAGAUAAUUAUUGUAUAAGUUUGUGUAGUGUCAAUGCGGAUACGAAAUUUUUAAAGCAAACUAAUGCAAGCCUUUCUAAUAAUGGACGCCGCAUUUGUAAUUUCAUUAUAACGAGAAAUAUAUAUGAAUCGAAAUAUAGUAGCAUAGGGUUUCGUGAUAUGACAUAAAACUUUGGCAAUGCACAUUAAAUAGUUACAUUGCGAUUUAUAACAUUAGCAGUUACUUAUGCUUAUAAACGAAAAUAAUGUAACAGUUGUGGGUCGUCGCAUAGUGAAUAAUUGUAAAGAGGGGUCGCCGAUCUAAAAAGGUUAAGAACCGUUGGUUUAUAUUAAACCUACAGUAAGAAAAAAAAAGACUUUUGACCAAAGAACCGUAAAUGCUGUGUUAUUACACAACUCAUCGUUGUCUAGGUAUGUUCCAUAUUUAUAAAUGAAUAAAUAUUUUAAACAGAGGCGUGGCUAGGGUGGGGGAAGGGAGGGGAGAAUUUGAAAAUCCCCCGGACUCCCACUUGAGUCCCCCAAAUUAGUUUUUGUUUUACAUUAAAUACUACGCUAAAUGUAGGGGCCUCAAAGAGGUGAAGCCCCCAGGGCCCCAAAAUGAUCGCAAAUUCCUAGCUACGCCCCUGAAUAUUUCUAUUUGUACACAUAAAAUAAAGUCCUGAAAUUUAGAAGCAGACAAUGAGAGACACAGAGAGAUGCUAAUAUAUUUGCUCUUUAAAAGUUAUGAUUCUAAAAAAUGUUUAGGACAGCACUCAAAAGUUUUGAACCACUAGCAAUAUGCAAUGUAUCACUCUGUAAAUGUCCAUACACAUUGUUUGUUUGUUUUUUUCAUUAUUUUAAUUCCACUUUUAAAACUUAACACGUGUACUUUUAGUCUGCAAUAUAUGAAUCACUCUCAAUAAGCUCGGACUUAUCUCAAAGAAAGUGUGAAUCGCUCUCUGUUAGGAAUCACUCUCAAUAAGAAAUGAAUCACUGAAUUACUGUCCUAUAGUUGCGAAUCACUCUCAGUAAGAAAUGAAUCACUGAAUCACUGUCCUACAGUUACGAAUCACUCUCAGUCAGUUGGAAGCUGUUGCUAUUUGUUUGUUUUCUUCCUUGCGCCGUAAGUUCUAUUUAUAGAAAGGUUUGACCUAUUUUAAAGCCUUCAACCCCUGGGAGCGGCGAGACUCCUGACUUCUACAAUGUAUUAUCUCCCUUCUUUCUCUCUCUCUCUCUCUCUCUCUCUCUCUCUCUCUCUCAGCAUCACCGGAACACAUUAUAUACACCUUGUGAUACAAGGUCUGGUAUAUGAGUGAGCACACACUAUGCUACAGACUCACUACUCACUAGGACUUGUUACCUUUGGCUUAGUCUAACGUUAAGAAAAUGCGAGACAAGCAGUUCAAAGGUCAAAGCUUCAGCAAACUCAGAAGGCGAUGUCUCAGAAAGCGGAAGUUAUUUGUGGACGGGGAAUUCCCUCCCACUGGCUCCUCGCUGUUUUUUAGCAGACCCGCCCCUUCAGAUAUUGUCUGGAAACGUCCAAAGGACAUUGUCAAAGAUCCAAAGUUCUUCAUCGACAAAGCCAGCGCUGAUGACUUUUCCCAAGGAAUCCUGGGAAAUUGUUGGUUUGUCGCUGCCUGUGCUUGUAUAGCCGAGGACAGCAACUUGUGGAAGAAGGUCGUUCCAGAGUACAGAGAGCAGGUAUUUGUUCCGGAGUCACGAUAUGCAGGUAUUUUCCACUUCAAGUUCUGGCGCUGUGGUACCUGGUUUGAUGUGGUGAUUGACGACUACCUGCCCACGAGGAACGGAAGACUUAUCUUUACACACUCCAAGUCGAGGGAUGAGUUCUGGUCAGCACUCCUGGAGAAGGCUUACGCCAAGCUGUUUGGAUGUUACGAAGCUUUGGUUGCUGGCAAGGCCAGGGAUGCCAUGGUGGACAUGACAGGAGGUAUAGGAGAAGGCCUGGAGAUGGCGGAUUUCAGGACAGAGCAACUCAAAGACCGGCUCUUUGAACUUCUGCACCAAGCCAAGUCGAAUCUGUCUCUGAUGUGUGCAAGUAUUCAGGCCAAGAAUUCUAGUGAAAUGGAGACCAAAUUAAGCGUAGGUUUGGUUCGUGGACACGCCUACAGUUUGACUGAUGUCCGGAAGAUUCCAUUGAAAGGCACCGGGUUGUUCAGCUUUUUCAACCGGGAGAAAAUUCACAUGAUACGACUCCGGAACCCCUGGGGAGGGGUAGAAUGGAAAGGUCCUUGGAGCGAUGGGUCACAUGAAUGGACCAAAGUCAGUGAAUCUGAAAAGAAAGAUUUGGGUCUGACCUUUGACGAGAAUGGUGAAUUUUGGAUGUCAUUUGAUGACUUCUGCCGUUACUUCACGCACAUUGACAUCUGUCACAUGAUGAACACAUCCUUCUUCACGCUCAAGAGAUCUUGGAAAGAAUCUGUAGCGGUGGGGGUGUGGAGAAGAGGGACCAGAGCAGGUGGCUGCGGCAACCACUCAACCUUCCUGGACAACCCACAGUACUUGCUAGAUGUGAUCACGGAUGAGGAGGAACUGUUGGUGUCGCUGGAACAGGAGGACCGCAGAUCUUCCAACUUCAGGACUAGGGGAGAGAACUACACUAUUGGUUUCACCAUCAUUAAGACAGAUUUGAACAGAAAGUACAGGAUGCACGACAAGCUGGACAGGGUCCACGCAGGUCCGUUUGUUCAAGCCAGGAGCAUCCUGACCCGCCUUCCUCUGAAAAAAGGCCGGUAUUGCCUUAUACCUUCAACCUUUGACCCCGGUCAAGAGGGGGAGUACAUUCUACGAAUUUAUAGCAGUGGAGGAAUUGUGUUGAAAGAGCUAAAGAAAGAAUUACCAAGUCCGCCAAGGUUCUUCAGAAAGCCUAAGGUGGCAGCUACCUCAGUGUGUGUCAGCUCAGUGGAAGGGUUUAAACUCCCUGAAGGCGAAACAGGAGGAAUCGAAGCUUACUGUAUUAUCAAAUGUGAAGGACGAGAGGUGCGCCUGCCAACUACGGAGAAGUCAAUGAAGCCAGAGUGGAAAGAUCGUGUGACGUUCUACAGGCGGAAACCAACGGAAGACGUUGUAGUCGAGGUCUGGGACAGUAAUUUGCUGAAGGAUUACCUGGUCGGUACACUGACACUACCAAUGUCUAAGGCUCAUGAAUACACGGGAGGUAACAUCAUCCGUAGAUAUGAGCUGGUCAAACCAGACUCGGACGGGAAGGACCAGCACAGGGGAUUCAUUUGGGUGAAGGUGAAGCAUACUACAAACCUUCGAGAAGUUUGAGCCGUCCCUUUCUCCAAGACUGUCACGUGAUCAAAUCUAGCCAAUCAUUGUUCAUAAUAUUUGUGUAAGCAUGUAUGUGUAUCUGCACCUCUGUGAUUCGCAAACGUGGAUCAUGUGAUAUCUAUUUUUAAACACCUAAAAGUUGUAACAUUAUCAAUGCUGAGAAGAGAUCGUGUAGAAGCGAGACCAAUCUUUAUAGUAGACCUCAACACAGACCUGCAACGUCACAACCUGUGGGUAAUGAUGACCAAUAGCUAGUUUGUUGUUUUUUUUUAAUUUUGCUUGUAAAGAUAUAGCACCAGUCAGUGGCAUUGGCGUAGCUAGCAAUGUGCGGGUGGUAAUUUGUUAUGUCCAAUAUUCUUUCUUAAAUAAAUGUAAGCUGUAGACCAGCUUGAAUCAAAUGCUGCCAGAUUUAUGUAAAUCUCUGAAGGAAACGCAAUUUUUAUUCUUUUUUUUUUUUUAAAGCCUUACAUGUCACUUUAUUGUUUAAUGCACUGGUUAUGGACAAGUUUAGAAUGUUGUUUUUCUUAAUUACCAAUUAGUAAUGGAUCAAUCUCUUUUGUAGGCUAGUGGGGGAAGGGGGUAUCUGGGAGAAGAUUUUCCAACCGCUCAGCAAACCCAACCCUGCUAGAGUCGUGAUUCGAACUCAAGCAUCCUUGUAAAGUGGCCAAGCAGUAACCAAGUGGUUUAAGCCUCUCAGCCACACAUCACUUGCUUGGAGGGAACUUGAAGUUUGUCUGUGACUAGGCAACAAUAAUGACAGCAAGGCUCAAGAUUUAAAUAAGCAAGAGGGAAAAAUGUGGAGAGAUCAUCUGUAGAGAGCCUUGGACAUCAUGCGUUUUCUCUAAAUGCAGGAUCUGGCACUCAGUGAGCAUCACAAACGAGUUGAAGAAGUAUUGGCAGUACAAAUUCAAAUAAUUAUCCUGGAGUGAAAUUACUAUCCAAAUACGAUCCAUUCAUGAGAGACCGAAUACGUACAGGUCCCAACAAAAAAAAAGUAUUGUAAUAUACGUCCUCACGAAAACACACAAAAAAAUAAUACAGAUAGUAUAAAAGCAAAUAUUUUUCGAUUAUUUUCCACAGUACACAUAAAAUCUGGAUCAAAAUUGUAUGGUGCAUUGUCAUGCGGGGCCUCAAAGACGAAUUGGCCACAAGAAAAAAUUGCCACUCGAAAAAAAGAUGAAGAUAGAUUUUCUAUCAACACACAAGAAAAAGCUACUGAUGGAAAUACCUUCCUUGGACCGCAUUGCUCAUGAAAUAAUAACCCCAUUAGAACCAUAUCAUGAUAUGGCUGAUAAAUAUGGAAUUUAUUCGCCAUUAUUGAAUCCUCCGAUGGAAAUCAAACUAGAUGGUUCUCCCGGCGAAAUUGUCAAAAACGAACUUUGUCUGGAGGCUCAGGUAAUUGUCUCAGUUUCUCCAGAAGACACCGAACUUCCAAAACAAGAAUCUAUUAAGUUUUAGAGUUUU